CUAUAUAUUUUAUGGCUGUAAAACAUUAUAUAUUGUAGUUUUUGCUGUGUUAGAAAGAUGCCACUCCACAGACAGCCCUGAAAGCUACAUGGAAUGAUAUAGAUAAAGUUAAUGCCGUAGGAAGAAAGGAAAGGGGACUAGCAGUACUCAAACAGGCUCUAUAUAUUUUAGAGUUCAGAGAGAAGAAGAGAUAGCAAAGACCAAACAUAAGUCCAAAAAGACACCAACACAAAAUAAAGGAAAGCUCUAUUGGAGGUAAAGGAUAAAAGGGAUCAUUAACAUACCCUUGUGGCAGAAGUGAAAGAGAUUUGAUAGAUAGAGAGAGAGAGAGAGAAUUAAAGCUUCAAACGUUUGGCCUUUUAUUUCAGCACCUCCACAACAAAAGGAAACAAAGAAAGUAACUGAUUGUUCGAUAGAAUUAUUACAAGACCGAACUAGAAGAGAACACAGUCAGUGAUUCUGCAUCAAAGGGAUUAAGGUUUGUGUCUUUUUAUAGUUUAAUUAGUUCCCUCUUGCUCUUUCUCCUUGUCAAUGUCCAUGUGGGCAAAUGAAAAAAGUAUGAAAUAUUCUUCUCGAUACCCUUUUAUGUUUCAGCUCUUGCUCCCUUUUUUCUGGUCAUAUUAGACAAAACAGAAAAUACCCUAACCUUUCUGACGUUUGAACCCUUAAAUCUUCCUCUGUUCACUCCAUCACAUAUAUAUAAAGCUUUGGAGUUUGGAUUCACAUCAGAGGGAGAUGAAAAAGGAAUUAGAUGAUCAAGGACAGUGUUCAUCUCAACCAAUCAACAACAAUAACAACAACGAUAUUCAAAGCUACCAAGAGCACCUUCUCCUUCAACAACAGAUGCAUCAGCAGCAGCAGCAGCAACAAAAUAGUGACAACAUCUUCGGGGAUUCAAGAGGGUUAAUGUUCCCUGAAGUUACUCCAAUCAUGCAACCGUGGUCCAUGCCUCCUGUUCACUCAUUCAACCCGGGUCCGGUUCACUACAACAAUAACACCAACCCUGUCAGAGACCAUCAUGACCAAACGUUUAUAGUCCCUCCCACACCUUCACCCUAUGCGAGCUUCUUCAGCAGAAGGGUCCCUUCUCUUCAAUUUGCAUACGAGAGUCCUUCUUCUGAUCACCACCAUCUAAGGAUCAUAUCUGACACCCUCGGACCUAUGGUUCAACCCGGUUCAGCACCCUUUGGACUCCAAGCCGAGUUGGGAAAAAUGACUGCUCAAGAAAUCAUGGAGGCUAAGGCUCUUGCUGCAUCAAAGAGUCACAGUGAAGCAGAAAGAAGACGUAGAGAGAGAAUCAACAACCAUCUUGCCAAGCUUCGUAGUUUAUUGCCCAACACUACCAAAACAGAUAAAGCUUCGCUGCUAGCAGAAGUGAUUCAGCACGUGAAGGAGCUGAAGCGCCAAACCUCUCUGAUAGCAGAAAGCAGUGCAGUGCCAACCGAGGCAGACGAGUUGACAGUAGAUGCAGCAGACGAAGAUGGAAAGUUUGUGAUCAAAGCCUCACUGUGCUGUGAAGAUAGGUCAGAUCUCUUACCCGACCUCAUAAAAACGUUGAAGGCCUUGAAGCUCAGAACCCUCAAGGCUGAGAUCACAUCGCUUGGUGGGCGUGUGAAGAACGUGUUGGUCAUUGCCGGUGACGAAGAAAGUUCAAACACCAAUGGAGAGCAAAGCAUUCAGCAGCAACAACAAUACUGUAUUACCUCAAUACAAGAAGCACUGAAGGCAGUGAUGGAGAAGAGUGGUGUUGGAGAUGAAUCAGCUUCAGGGAAUGUUAAGCGCCAAAGGACUAAUAAUAUCAAUUUUCUUCAACAAAGGUCUUUGUAAUUGUUCCGAGAGAGACAAAUGGGGUGGAGUUGGUUAAGGAAAGGAACAGAGAAGGAUCUUUUUCGUGGGAACAGAAACCUUAUAUUGAAUCCUAACAUGGAAAAUGAUGCAUUGAUUGCUCUGUAAGAAGAAAAUGGCAUCUGCAUUAAAUUCAAACAUACACACACUAUGUCUGGUGCAGCAACUGGUAGGAGCUGUCAUUGUUUUGUUAUGAAGUGUAUGUUUAGUAUGUUUGUUUGUUUUAUUGUCUUCACUCUCUCUAUUGAGAAAGAAAGAGAGUGUACCAUUACAUCUAUCUCAUCAUUACUUUCUAGGAU